AUGUCGGCCUACGCCCCGAUCUCGUCGUCGGACGUUGGUGGUGAGCCACAGCGCCCCUCCCGCCAGCAGGCGGGCCGCUCCAGCUCGUCCAACAACACCAACCGCUACUCGGCCGGCUCCUUCUUCACCUACCCCGUCUCGCGCACCGUCUCCGGCCUGCUGCGGCGCAUCUCGACCGAGCCCUCGUCGUCGAACGACUUGUCGUCGGCCUCCAUGGGCGGCCUGAAACCGAACACCAGCCGUGUGCCUGGCGUCUACACGCCGCCGCGGCGCCAGGCCUCGCCGUUCCAGCCGCCGCCGCUGUCGCCCUUGAAUCUGGAGGGCUGGAAGGAGGGCACGAGCGACCGCUCGAAGCUGCUGUCGCGCCAACUCGCCGAGGAGAUCCGGCUGCUGAUCCCGCCGCGCCUGCAGCUGGUGGAAACGUGGAAGCUCGCGUACAGCUUGGAACAGGACGGCGUCAGCUUAGCGACGCUGUACAAAAAUUGCGAGGAGCUCAGAGGGAAGCGUGGGGGCUACGUCUUGGUUGUUAGAGACGGCGAUGGCGGGGUAUUUGGCGCAUACCUGACUGACGCUCCGCACCCGAACCCGCAUUUCUUCGGCACUGGCGAGUGCUUCCUGUGGCGGGCUCACGUCCUGCCUGGCCUGCCUAGCCUCGCCUCGCUCCCGCCGCCACCCUCGGCCGAUACCACAAACGCCCAGCGCAUGACGACAAUAGCACAGCCGAAACACCACCUAAGCCCGCCCAACUCGAAUGCCCCGAGCAAUGGUGGCAGCGGUGCUAGCACACCCGAGAGAAUUAGAUUCAAAGCAUUCCCGUACAGCGGCGUAAACGAUUACAUGAUGUUCUGUGAGACAGGGUUUCUGAGUGUAGGCGGAGGUGACGGUCAUUAUGGCCUCUGGUUAGACGACAACCUCGAGAACGGCAUCUCCAGCUCCUGCCCUACAUUCGGCAACGAGCCUCUCAGCGACGAAGGCGAGAAGUUCGACGUCAUGGGAGUUGAGCUGUGGUUUAUCGGUUAA